GCGCCACCUUAGCAACGGCGCGAGGCUCUUUUCCGCUUCCGCCAGCCUGAGCUCUGAUUGGUGGGCCGCCGCUGCGGGAGGUCCAGGCCUAGCUCUGCGUUUCCGGGCUGGGGGGAGGGGGCGGAACUGAGCGAAGCAGAGCCGCGUGAGGCGCUUGACUCGGCGUGUCUCCGUGGGUUCCUCGGGCAGCUGCGGCAGAGUCGUCGCCCGAAGCCGAGCUUCACACUGUGGUGGGCAGGACCCUGCGGCCUACGCGGUUGCCAUGACGAUGGGGAGGCCCUCCGCUCGGGCUCUGGCCCUGAGCGGGAUGUGGCGAGGGUGACGCUCCCCGCUUUCCCUCACCCCGCAGGGCAGCCGCUGUCUUCCCCCACUCCUCCCCCACAGCUGUGGACUCUGGUUCCCCUGCCCCGUUCCCCUUCCCCCCGGUGGUGCUUCCUUCGCCAUGCGCCCCUGAGUUCUGGGUGUGUCCACAAAGGCCAUGGAGAAGAGGCUGGAGGACCAUUUCAGCAUCAGCCCUCUGAACCUAUUAGGAGACUUCCUUGGUAAAGCUGCCAAGUGCCUGGGCCGUCUUCACCUGCUCUACAUGUGUGCCUGCCUCAAUGCCCUCUGUUCUUCUACAGAUGCAGGUUGGAGCAGAAGUGUGUGCCAGCCGGGGAGGCCUCUGUCGGGGGGUCACUUGAGGUCAUUGGCUGGUGUCCAUCUCCAGCUGCUGGAAGGAUUUCACUCAGUCCAGUCUUGUCGAGCCGCUUGCUGUCGGAGCUCUGCCUGUGAUGCCUUUUGGCUGACGGGAAAGACGUGCAUCCAGGUGAACUGCACCAAGCUUCACCAGUGCUGGACCUUCCGUACGGACUCUGCUGGUUCCAUCCUGAUGUACGUAAAGUCUGAGCACAUGUUGGACUCCCAGUCUGCAGUGGAGAGGAAAGCUCAGCUUCCUAAGUGGCUGGACUGGCGGGAGAACCAUCAAAGCAAAGCAAGGUUGCGAAGGUCCUUCCAAGAAAGCUUUCUGGCCCAGAAAGCACACUUGGCACACACCCAGAAGCAUCCUCUAAAGAGGGACACAAGCUCCAGCAGUAAAAGUCCUGCUAGCCAUCCGACAGCCUCUCAGCCCUUGGAUAGUAAAUCUGUCCGUAAGGAUCUGGCAGAGCCUCAGACUUUAGGACAAGAAGCCAACCUUCCCACAGGCCGUGUUAAUCCAGAGAAAACCCUGCAGCCAAGUAGUGAAGAUUCGAGGGGGUCCGAAUCCAAAGGCACUUCUCUUCCUAUGAAUGGUAACGCGAACAGGCCAAGUGACCUUGCUGGAAGUGGCCCGUUAGGGGCCCCUGCAGCAGCCACCACGCCGCCACCCCUGCUGGCAGCUCCGUUCUCUAGCCCUGCUGUGCUGGGCUUGACAGCCGCUGAGAAAGCCAGCCCCUCCAAUGCUUCUGUCCAGCCCUUCCCCUUGGAGGAAGCCGUCCCAACUUCUAGCAGUCUUCAGGGGAAGGAUGCUGUGAAGGUGCAGGUGGUCACCUCCAUUCCAACAAGCAUUCCUACCAACAACAGUGUCGCCGCAGUCCCGACAAGCCCUGCUGUGCUACCCAGCACUGCUGCCCCAACGCCAGUUAUUAAGAAACUGAUUGUUUCUGCUGGAGACGGAGUUGAGGUAACUCUGCCGAAGAAUGAAGUGGAGCUGAAUGCAUAUGUCUUCCCUACGCCAUCUAAAGAAAUGGACUACUCCUACGACUGGAGGCUGAUCACACACCCCACUGACUAUAGCGGGGAGAUGGAGGGCAAGCAUUCGCAGAUCCUCAAAUUAUCCAAGCUCACUCUCGGCCUGUACGAAUUCAAGGUGAUCGUAGAUGGUGAUAAUGCACAUGGAGAAGGAAUGGUGAAUGUGACCGUCAAGCCAGAGCCUCGAGUGAAUCAGCCCCCUGUGGCCAUUGUGUCACCCCGAUUCCUGGAGAUCUCACUGCCAACCACUUCCACAGUCAUUGAUGGCAGCCAAAGCACGGACGAUGACAAAAUUGUUAGCUACCACUGGGAAGAACUGAAGGGGCCUCUUCGGGAAGAGAAGGUUUCUGCAGACACUGACAUUCUGAAACUCACCAACUUAGUGCCCGGAAAUUACACGUUCAGCCUGACUGUGGUGGACUCAGAUGGGGCCAGCAACUCCACCACUGCCAGCUUGACUGUCAAUAAAGCAGUGGACUACCCGCCUGUGGCGAACGCAGGCCCCAACCAAGUGAUCACUCUGCCCCAAAACUCCAUCACCCUCUACGGGAACCAGAGCACAGAUGACCACGGCAUUGUCAGCUACGAGUGGUCUCUCAGCCCCAACAGCAAAGGGAAGGUAGUGGAGAUGCAGGGCGUGAGGACUUCAACUCUGCAGCUCUCUGCGAUGCGAGAAGGGGACUACACCUACCAGCUGACGGUGACGGAUUCUGCCGGCCAUCAGUCCACUGCUGAGGUCACAGUGAUUGUGCAGCCUGAAAACAACAAACCACCGAAGGCAGAUGCUGGACCAGACAAAGAACUGACCCUCCCUGUGGACAGCACCACUCUAGAUGGAAGCAAGAGCUCCGAUGACCAGAAGAUAACCUCUUACCUUUGGGAAAAAACACAGGGGCCAGAUGGCGUGAGGCUGGAGAAUGCCAACAGCAGCAUCGUGACGGUCACUGGGCUCGAAGUCGGGACGUACGAAUUCACGUUGACCGUCAAAGACGAGAGGAAUCUGCAGAGCCGCAGCUCAGUCAACGUCGUCGUCACGGAAGAGAUAAAUAAACCGCCCGUUGCGAAGAUUGCCGGGAACGUCGUCCUCACACUUCCUACCAACACAGCAGAGCUCGAUGGGUCCAGAUCCACAGACGACAAGGGCAUUGUCACUUUCCUGUGGACUCGGGACGAGAGCAGCCCUGCAGCUGGGGAGGUAUUAAAUAAUUCGCACCACCACCCAGUGCUUUUCCUCUCCAACUUGGUGGAGGGGACCUAUACAUUUCAUCUGAAGGUGACUGAUGCCAAAGGGGAGAGCAAUACAGACCGAGCCACUGUGGAAGUAAAACCAGAUCCAAGGAAGAAUAACCUUGUGGAGAUGAUACUGGAUGUGGGUGUCAGUCAGCUGAUCGAGCGGCAGAAGGGCAUGUUCAUCCGUCAGAUAGCUGUUCUGCUGGGGGUCCUGGAUUCAGACAUCACUGUGCAGAAGAUCCAGCCUUACACUGAGAAGAGUACAAAAAUGGAGUUCUAUGUGCAGAAUCAGCCUCCACACCAGAUCUUCAAAGGCUACGAUGUCGCAUGGAUUCUCAAGAGCGAGCUGCGGAAGCAGCGGUCAGACUUCCUCAUCUUCCGAGCGCUGGAGAUCAACACAGUCACAUGCCAGCUGAAUUGCUCCGAGCACGGGCACUGUGACUCGUUCACCAAGCGCUGCAUCUGCGACCCUUUCUGGAUGGAGAACUUCAUCAAAGUGCAGAUGGGUGACGGCGAGAGCAACUGUGAAUGGAGUGUGCUGUAUGUCGUCAUUGCAUCGUUUGUCAUUGUGGUAUCCGUUGGGAUCUUCUCCUGGACUGUGGUUUGCUGCUGCAAGAGACGCAAAGGGAAGCCGAAAAGGAAGAGCAAGUACAAGAUCUUGGACGCCACAGACCAAGAGAGCCUGGAGUUAAAACCAAAUCCCAAAGCAGGCAGCAAACAGAAAGCUCAGGUGCAGAACACCAGCCUGAUGCACUCCGAAUCCGAGCUGGACAGUGACGAAGCCAUCUUUACGUGGCCAGACCGGGAAAAGGGGAAGUUGCUGCGUAGCCAGAAUGGCUUCCUGCGCAAUGGGCAAGUGGCCCCCAAAGCGAAGACCCCACGAGAGGAGAUCCUAUAGCCGCCGGCCAGCCUUUGCUAAGGGACAGCAAAGGAUGCAAAAGGAUGAAGCACUCCUAUACAAGGACCCUCUGGAGCCCCACUGCGUUGCUGAGGAUGCCGCUGCUACCGUGGACUUGGAGGGCCACCUUUUGUUUACUGCUGAUCUUUUAAGUGGGGGGAGAAAGGGAAGCAAAGCUCCCUCUACUUGAAUUUGGACGUCAAGGGAAAUUCUGGCAAAAGAAGCUGUGAAACCGAGACUGUGAAGGGCAUUGCCGCAGGCCUGCAAGCCACACCCGUGAGAUGGUGGAGAGUGCCAGCCUGCCCCCCACCCACCCACCCCAGCUCUGCAACAUACACCCUCAAAUUUCCACACACUCUCUCUCGCAGAGUGGGGUGGUUAGUCUGCAAGACUCACAACUCAGCACUCGCCUCUUUCGAAAGCCAAAAUACUUGACGGUGUGUUCUGGGAAACGCACCCUCGGCUGCAGCAAGGCAGCUUUGGAAACCCCUCUUCGUCACUCUCUUUCCAGAAAGGGGGGAAAGAGGCCAAGUUUGCAGAACCCAGAGCAUUGUUGGUUUCCCACCUCGCUCUGGAGACAACCUUUUAGUCACGUUUUACGGUUGUGAAGGGUUAUUUUUUUUCCCUUUUUGUUUUAAAUUAUUGUCAGUCAUGCCACUGGUGUGGACAGAGGGCAUGCUGCCACGUCUGUGACCCCUUCUUCCACAAUGUACCCAAUGCCCCCGUCCUUAAAGUCCAUAACACUGUAGGGUAGGAAGUUCCUCUUCCAGUUGACAGACACCUGUUGACAUGCUGCCUCAGAAAAACCUUUGCACAAGUUGAAAACAGUAAAGGAGGGAGGGUUGAUUCCUUCAAUUCCUAAUAGCUCAAUGCACACACACACACCCCUUUGCACUUCUCUGUUCGUUGCUGUUUGUUACAUGUGCAUUGCCUACUUUGCACCGAAAACGUUGGUCUUUCUGUGUCACUGGAAAACCUUUCGCUUUUCCUAAAGCAAACCUAGAGGAAUCUCAUUGAGCUCCUCAUAUGAUUAAUGUGAAGUACUUCCAGACUGUAGAAGUCAAGUCCCCCUCUUUUCUUUUUUUUGGAGACAUCGGAAGGUGGGUGUGGGUGUGUACACGCUCCCUCAUCUUUCUCUUAUGCCCCUGCUUUCAGUACUUGCUUAUUUCCACCUUCACCUGCUUCUCACCUGGCAAGCAUUCUGCCUCUCUGCAAAGAUGAUGAAUGCACCUACAGCAGACUCCCCCCAAUUCCACCACCUUAACACCAAAGGGCAACUUUCCUGCUUCUAAGGUGGGGCUGCACAACUUGGGCCCGCCUGCAGAUGUUGGACUACAACUCCCAUCAACCCUAACUUAUUGGCAGAUGGGGAUGAUAGGAGUUGAUAGGAAAAUAUCCUGAAUUUUCAAAUUUUCUCAAAGUCAGUGGGGUGGCCUGCAAGCCAGAUCUGGCUCCUGAAGCAAUUUCAUGUGGCCCUCCAGAGAUAUCAAAAAAGAAGUUUUAGUCCUUUCAUUCAUGCAGUUGGGGCAGUCUUGGGGACGAGAACAUUAUGCACUUGCCCCAAAACCACUGUCUGGAAAAUAAAGCAGCCCCAGAGAAUGCAGAAGUUGGUCAUCUUUGCUUGAGGUUUUAAAGAAAAAGUUUUCACAUUCUCCUGGGUUGUGUUUACAUUGCUGCACUACUGAAGUGUUGAAGAUGAUGAAGAUUAAAUAUGCUGCUUUACUUGUGGGGGCCUUUCUCCCCCUUGAAUUGUAGUCAAGGCUGUUGUCUUCUUUCACUUUCUCUCCCCCUGCCCCAUACAUUUGAAUGUCAGACAGCAGCUCCUUAUUGCUUGGAUGCUAAUGGUUUCCAGGGAGGGAGCCUCCUGCUCCCAGCGUAGGGGUAGGUGGUUUUCCUGCAUGGGCUCUCUGGAAGGAAUCUAGCUGUCUCCUUGCCUGGAAUUGCGUCAUUUUAAGGGUCACUUGGGUGGGGGUACACUGUACUUCUCAGUGAGAACUGGAAUGCUAUCAUGUGGUAUAACAGUGACUGUAAUCGGGAUGGGGCUUUUUUUAAACACACACACACCCCUUUGAAAAGCCCCACCUCCUAACUCCAUGGCAUCCAGCGUUUGUGCUAGAAAAGGCGGGGCCUCUGAAUGUGAAUGUCCCAGGGCAAGGUGAAUGGAGGAGCCGCUUGCUGGGCUGGGGAAGGCUGUCAAAAAUGGCCCCGGGGAUGAACAACUCAUGGUGGAGCUUGGGGUGAGCUUGGGUGUGUCUCCUCCGGGAGAUUGUAUUAUGUAGGAUCCUUAAUAAAUGCCCUCUAUGCCACACACCUUUUCGGCAGUUUAUAUCUGUGUCUAUCCACACCCUCCUCCCAGCUGCUGUGUUUUCUUAUGGGUCCUGCAUAUGUAGGCUGCCAUAAGGAAACCUGGUAGCCAGGGCUGGGUGUCGGGUCACCCUGACCUGCGGGGGCACUGGUCAGCUGCUGCUAUAAGCUGUGGCCAGCUUGGAAGCCUGUGUCCACUCUGUGGGAGAGCCAAGGCAUAGUGGUUAGAGUGUUGGACUAGGAGCGGGGAGACCCGAGUUCAGAUCCCCGUUCAGCCAUGAGACUCACUGGGUGACUCUGGGCCAGUCAUUUCUUUCCCUCUCAGCUGAGCCUCUCUCACAGGGUUCUUGCCCAACAAGUGAAUAUUUGAAAAACAAGCAUGCUACCUCCUGAAAUGUCCCAUGAGGGUCAGAAGCAGUUGGUUCCAUAUAGCCUUCCUAAUGAAUAGCCAUUGAUAGACCUAUAUCCUUCCUAGUCCAUCUAAUCCCCUUUUAAAGCCAUCUAAGCCCAUGGCUAUCAUCUUGUGGCACUCAGUUUGGUAAAUAAACCACAUGUUUUGUGAAGAA